AAUUUUUAAUAAAAAACCAACCAAAAAUUCGAUAGAGAUAGAUGUCAAGAGAGAGAGAGAGGGAAGUGGGAACACUCGCAUUGAUUCCGCCCGCCUGGCCGAAGAAGUCGCCGACUAUAUAAACUGAAGUGAUAAGCUCUGAAUUAUACUCAAGCUGGCUUUCUCUCACAGUUUACCAGUGGGAGACGCCGAGGAGGCCUUUUCUCUAUUGCCCCAACUACGAGCCACAUUUCUGAUCAUGGACGGAAACGGCGACGCCGGCGGAGGGGAAUUUUCCGGGCCGGCGAGGAAAGUUCACGACGAGGAAAACUUAGCUGUUGCGAUCCCGGAGACCGCUCAUCAGAUUAGCAGCGACUCAUGGUUCCAAGUGGGAUUUGUUCUUACAACUGGGAUCAACAGUGCCUAUGUAUUAGGCUAUUCAGGGACCAUAAUGGUUCCUUUGGGGUGGGUUCCUGGAGUGGUGGGUUUGAUUCUGGCCACUGCCAUCUCAUUGUAUGCAAACUCUCUGGUGGCCAAGCUACAUGAGUUUGGAGGCAAAAGACAUAUCAGAUACAGAGAUUUGGCUGGAUUCAUAUAUGGUAAGAGAGCUUAUUCUGUGACAUGGGGUUUGCAGUAUGUGAAUCUUUUCAUGAUCAACACUGGUUAUAUCAUCUUAGCUGGUCAGGCUCUCAAGGCUGCCUAUGUGCUCUUCGAUGAAGACGGUCCAAUGAAGCUUCCCUACUUCAUAGCCAUUGCAGGGGUUGUGUGUGGCUUGUUUGCGAUUUCAACUCCUCAUUUAUCAGCACUGAGAGUUUGGCUGGGAGUCUCAACAGUGCUUAGCCUGAUAUACAUCGUUGUUGCCUUUGUGCUCUCCAUUAAAGAUGGGGUCAAUACACCAGCCAGGGACUACAGCAUCCCGGGGACUACAACGAGCAAGAUCUUCACUACGAUUGGAGCAUCUGCCAAUCUCGUCUUUGCAUUCAAUACAGGAAUGCUUCCAGAGAUACAGGCAACAAUAAAGCAGCCAGUAGUGAACAACAUGAUGAAAGCACUCUACUUCCAGUUCACAGCAGGAGUUUUACCAAUGUACGCUGUCACUUUCAUCGGCUACUGGGCAUACGGGUCAUCCACAUCAACCUAUUUGCUCAGCAGCGUCAAUGGUCCAGUUUGGGUGAAGGCAAUGGCCAACAUUGCUGCAUUCUUUCAGUCGGUCAUCGCUCUACAUAUAUUCGCGAGUCCAAUGUACGAGUACUUGGACACCAAGUACGGGAUCAAGGGGAGUCGAUUCGCCAUUCGAAACUUGUCAUUCAGGCUAGGAGUGAGAGGCGGAUACCUCACCCUCAACACAUUGGUUUCAGCACUUCUGCCAUUCUUGGGAGAUUUCAUGAGCCUCACAGGGGCAAUCAGCACCUUCCCCCUAACAUUCAUUCUGGCAAACCACAUGUACCUAGUAGCGAAGAGGAGCAAAUUGAGCUCCUUCCAAAAGCUCUGGCACUGGCUCAAUGUGAUCUUCUUCGGGUUCAUGUCCUUUGCAGCGCUCGUCGCUGCUCUAAGGCUUAUAGCUGUAGAUUCCAAAACUUACCAUGUUUUUGCUGACCUGUGAUUUAAGAUUGGGCAAUUUCAGGUGCUGGCUAAUACCAUUAAGUCUUUGAAUGUGAGGAUUCCUCGGAUGUAGAAUGGUAGUAGGGAAAUUAGAAUCCUUUACUGUCUAAUGUCUAUUGUGUAGUUUAGGUGAGCAUUUGAUUCAUUUGGUUUGUGCCCAUGAUUUAGUUUAUACCAUACUAGCACAGAGCCCGACCAGUUAGUCGGGAGAAUUUUGUCAAGAAAUAUGGUAUAUAAUAAUGGAUAUAAUAGAUAAAUUUUUUUUAUAAUAGAUGAUUUGAA